CGUUACUACACCGUAUUACUUAGCAGUACCACUUUGAUAGAGUCAAUACCGCUUGGUGAUACUGGAUAUCCAAAAGUGUACUAACAUGAGAAAUUUGAAUUUAGGGCUAAUAAUUGUUUGUGCUAUCAUAUCCAAACUUGUCACCAAAUUAUAUAAAUUUUAAAUUUCCAUACAGUCAUAUUUAUAUUCGAACAAGAAUACGAAAUCCGAGAAUGCAAUUCAUGAUAUUUGAGAUCUUUUAAUACCGGAUUUCUAAGAGUGAAUGGUCAUUAUUGGAUCAAAAAUAGAACCAUUUAAUUGGCCAUUUAACUCCCGGACUAUUUCCAAUUUACAUAAAGAAAUCACACCUUUCUCUAGACUUAAACAUACGUCAAGCGUCAUUCCAACCCUGACCAUGGAGGACUUUUACGGAAAACCGGUUACACCCCCGGAACAAAACCAGGCUCAAAAAGUGAGCAAUUUACCACUUAAAAUAUACAACUCGCUCCCCUGGAUGGGGGUUUCCCUCACAAAAUUAAGUCCUAUCCGUAACGGUGCGGAUUUUAAAUUAGAACGCAUCUCAACCUUCCCCUUAGCAAUUUUUGUGUUUUUCCAAGCCAUCUUUUGGAUUAAGACGAUCCAUCUUUUUGGCCUUCUGGUGGGCGUUUCGGGCAUUGACAUUUCGGAAUUUUACGAUAAAAUAGCCGUCCUCACCUGGUUUUUGAUCUUGACCGGGUGUGCCGUCGGGUAUUGGGGGUUGGUGGGAAGAUACCCCUUUUACGAAGUGCUCAAAGAAGGUUUUCGUGCAGAGGAUCGAAUCUUCUGUCAAUUACAGGAUGGGGAUGGGAUCGAUUUUCAGAAGAAAGUUACCACCGCCGGAAAAUGGGUGUUGGCGAGACAAAUCGAAAUCAUCAUCGUCUGCCUAAUCUCCAUCACGAUUCAGUUCUUCUCCUUCCCCAAGUACAUUACGAACAUUUACGUGCUGCUUCCCUGGGAAAAUGAUGCAUUGUUCUGGACCAUGUACGCGUUCGAGAUCAGCUGCAUGUUCCUCAUCGUGAUUUUGUGGGACUGCGCGUUGGCGGGGGUUCCACUGUCCUGCAUUUAUUUGGAGGAGACCCUUCGCCUAAUGGGCGACAGGAUGGCGGCAAGUUUAAAAAGUUUUGGGUACGAUUCAACCUACGCGCCGAACUUCGCGGUCGGACAUUAUCGCGAAUUAAUCCUCUACGCGGACGGACUUAAUGACUUUCAAAGCUUCAAACUCAUCUUCAUUCAUGGGCUGCUGUUCGGACAACAGACGGCGGAAGCGUUCACGGCGUUUCGGAUGUUACGAACACCGGGCAUCGCCUUAUCGGAUUUUGCAUUUUUGUUGGCAGAUAUGUGGACCGCGAUUCGCCAAUUGUUCCUCAACUUUAAAGGAAUCUCGUUCGUUGGGGUGGCAUCGGAAGAAUUUUUGCACAUGUUAAGAUUACGCAUUAAUCAACUACUUCCUUCAGAAAGGCGGUAUUAUUCCAGGGUUUUGAGAAGCUUGCGACCCAUUUAUAUUCGACAGGGUCCAAAUCGUUGCCAUCGGGAUUUACUCGGAUGUGCGUGGAUGAUAAUGAUGAACUAUUACGUCACGGCGGCUUUGUGGCCGUAAUACAUAAGCAGAUGUGUAUUAAAUACAUGCAUUAGUUUUCUACAUACAAUUAAUAUGUUAAAUUGUUACUAAAUUCAUAAAGCCGGCUGACUACCGUCGGAUAAUAAUAACAAUCAUUUAAAAUUUGAAGUAUA